AUGCAAAUGUACCGGCUUGGGCAGUGCUUCAUAUCGUAUAGUGUUGUUGCCCAUCUUACAGGAGAAAAGCGGACCUCACUUAGCUCCUUACGGAAAAAAUAUGUGAUUUUUACAGUCUCAGCUCCAUACUUAGUGCAAAACUGGGUGGGAGUUGUGAAAUCCUUUGUGGCCUACUGCUUCAAAGGUAUUCUUUGGGCGGCAAGGAUAACAAAUCAGUACUUCCAAACUAUUGGUGCUCCCACGUUAGCAAGUGUUUUGGUUUAUCCCAAUAAUUUCACCACAAGUGAGGAAGGUUUCUUUGCCAAUCUAUCAACUCAGCCGGUGUCUCAUGAGCUUCUUCAACAGUAUGUAUACAUGAAAUUUUUACUCAUAUUGCCACCAUUUAAUGGAACAUAUGAAAACAUGCACUUCAUAGCGGCGUGUCCUUCAUUCUUGUAGUUUCACUUAAUAAAAGGUUUCACUUGAUAAAAUUAUGUGAUUAACGAGAGAGUUGUCCUCCUAAACGGUGGAAUCUGGACCAACAACAGAACCUGCAAAUUAGGUCUACAUGUAACUAACUAAUCAGUUCAGCUCUAGACAUGGUCUGUGAGAAAGUUGCUUCACACUUAAUUAUCUGCAUGGGAGCUUAUAUUUUUAUUUAGCCCGAAUAUUAGUUUUUUUUGAUUGACAUACAGUACACUAUUUUUAGGUGAUAGGGAAAAUAUUUGU